AUGUUCCAUGGAGUUUCGGGCGAUGCCAUGUCACCGCCGCCCGAACAAGUUCGAAGUGUUUUCGACAAAUUCAGGAGUGGCGUGAAGUCCGCUGAUGGUCGGCGAAGGAGCUCCACCCUCGGCAGCCGAGUUUCGACGACGGUGUCCACGUCCCCCUCGGCAGACAGCCCUAGAAGUCCGAGGUUCAGGCACAGUUCUGAACAUUCUGGUCGUGCCACCGCCUUUCUCAACCAAUGGGAAAAGCAGCGCACUCGACUGCGGGCAGAAAUUAAGGACUGGACAAGUCGCUUGCAGAAGACAGGUGACCUUGCUUCCACUGCUGGAGGCCCCGAACUCGUGUCCGUCGAGCCAAUUGUGUCACUUGGUGAAGAUCUCCAUCAGCGGACGAAUGGCUCCAAUUACAGGGCGCGCUUGAAGCUGCAGUGUGAGGAUGGAAUCCAUGCUUGGAGCACCGAGCCAUUCACGCUCGAUGAGUUAGUGCGAAUCGUGGUGAGGACGAGAGCCGCUUCGGCCACUCGGUGGUGCCGAUCGAACAGAGAGGCGAUCGCUUCCGGUGCCGACCCCUUCUGGGCUGUGGUAAGUGUGGCCAGCUGUGCUGUCAGAACCUUCCUGUUCUGGGCUUUCCUGCUGUGGGCUUCCUGGCUGCUCGCCCAACCUCUGAGGCGUCUGGUACGCCAGUCGCUUGUGCUUGUGUCCUUGGUGACAGAUGCUCCUGACAUGUCCUUGCCUUGGUCCUUGGUCACUGGAUGGGAAGGGUUGACAGCGGAAGUUGUGCUUGGAAGGCUCUCCGCGCUGGAGCCGCUGAUUGCCCUGCUCCUCUCGUUCGCGAUCGGGAUCUUCGGAGCACUGCUGUUGCCCGGCUUGGUACAGGGUCUUGCGAGUGGCUUUCAAUGCUACGAAAAUGAGUUGUCUUCCAACCCAAGGAUGGCUGGAUUGACAGAGGUUUCUUUCAUCCCUGCGAAGGCAAGAUGGAGUGAUCGAGAGGCAUCCGAGCUUGCGGGGAUCCAACAGCCCCACCUGCAGGCCAUCCUGAACCUCGAGCGCAAGGCAGAGACGGAGAAGGUGCGGGAGCAGCUUGCGCUCUUGCUCCGCAGUAAAGACUGCCUCCGUAAUCUGGACAUCUGCAACUUCCUGUCUUUGGGCAUGGCAACUUACUUCAACUCCUCUGAGACGCACAAGGAGGGGCGAUGCUUCGUCCGAAGGCAUGAGACAACCGAGGACUAUUUCAUGAACCGCCGUCGACAGCGCUGCUCGCUGUUCUGUCUUCGUUGCGAUUUCCGCCUCGAGCUGGCGCGGAGAAGAGGGCUCCAGGAGCGGUGGCUCGUCUUGCGCAAAGAUGGGAUCGCCCUUUUCUCCUCGCUCAUGGACACGGAUCCCACGGACAUGCUUUUCUUUGACACAAGCUUCGCUUUGUUUCGAGAUGAGGAGGACCACGUACUUGUGAAAGGGGCGUCGUGGGUCCUCGAGCUGUCCUUUGGGGAUGGGCCACGCAGGCAUAGCAGCGCUCAAGGCUGGUGCAAUGCCAUCACCGUGACGGCACAGCUGUCCACGCGAACCAGAGAGCAGCGCUAUGGAUCUUUCGCACCGAUACGGCUCCCCAGUGCACCGAAGACCGGCGACCGUCAUGUGCUCCGCCGGAGCCUGUGCCGACACCUGCUCAAUGGGCGUGCGAUCUUCCGUGCUGUUGCAGAGGCCAUUCUCCUUGCCAAGCACGAGAUAUUCAUCCUCAGCUUCUUCUUGAGUCCGCACAUUGAAUUGGUUCGGGAUGGUGAUGCGCUGCCAGGCGUUCCUGAUUCGAAGGUCGAAACACUGUUGAAAGCUGCAGCAGAUCGCGGAGUUCGGGUCUACGUGUUGCUGUACCAGGAGACGGGGAAGGUCAUUGCCAACGCUUCAGCAUAUGCAGAGAACCAGCUCCAGCACAAGAACAUAUUCGUCAUGCGCCACAGGAGCAGAUUUGACAGCAACCUGCUGUGGACACACCACGAGAAGGUAGUGGUCGUUGAUCAGCAGCUUGCCAUCGUUGGAGGACUCGAUCUGUGCAUUGGGCGCUACGAUGAUUGGAGGCAUCUCAUUUUUGAUGCGGAAGAAGAGGUUUGGAAGAAUCAGGACUACUACAACCCUCGCAUCAAGGAUGUCACCGAUGGCCGACUCCAAAAGGAUCAGCUAGAUCGGAGGCGGCAGGCACGGCUACCCUGGCAGGAUGUCGCCUGUGAGCUUAUCGGCCGGCCGGCGCGUGAUGUUGCACGUCACUGCGUGGAGCGAUGGAACCACGCCAGGUGCAUCAAUUCGAUGUACCACGAGCUGCCCACAGCGCUGCUCAAGCGCAAGGUCGCCGUGAGCAAUGAUGACAUGCUGAAGGUCCCGCACAAGGCAGCCGAUGCGACAUGGCCGCCAGAGAGGGGGCCCUGGCAGGAAUGCCGAUCCCAGGUGGUGCGUUCGGUUGGACGUUGGAGUGCCGGCACCAAAACCGAGUCCUCCUCUCAUCAGGCGUAUUGCGACCUGAUCCAGGAGUCCAAGAGCUUCAUCUACAUUGAGAAUCAGUUCUUCUGCUCUGCAAUGGAGGGCGAGGAUUCUAUCGGCAACCGUGUGCUCGAGGCCUUGUUUCGACGGAUCGUAAAGGCUGAAGACCAGAAAGAGGCUUUUCACUGUGUCAUCAUCCUGCCCCUCUUGCCGGCACUGGAGGCCCCCCUGUGCCAGUCCAACGCCUCACAGCCCGUGUUCCGUGUGAUGCAUGCGCAGUACCAGACGCUCCGCGGUCUUCGCAAGGAGCUCCGUGCACGAGGGGUGGAUGAGGCGAAGUACAUCUCCGUGUUCGGUCUGAGGACGCAUGGAUGGCUGGAUGGUCUCGGUCAUGCCACGGAGCAGAUCUAUAUCCACUCCAAGGCCAUGGUGGUUGACGACGAGGUGGCGAUUAUCGGCAGCUCCAACAUCAACGACCGCUCCUUGCUUGGGAUGCGAGACUCUGAGGUCAACGUCGUCAUCCAGGACACUGCGGCAGCCUACAGAGGCCCCGGUGGCUUGCGCGGCGGCCCUGCCGCGAACCUCCGGAAAGCACUAUUCGCACAGCACAUGGGCUUGACACGGGAGCAGCUGGAAUCUGUCUACCCGGAUCCCGUCAGCGAGGCAUCCGUGAUUGAGAUGCGAAGGGUAGCCCAGCAGAACACAGAGAUCUACGAGGAGCUCUUCGGGGCGCUGCCCUCCGAUGCCGUGGGCACCUGGGCGGAGCUUGCAGCCCGGCGCCGGCAGGCGCAGCCGCACAUGAAUGCGGACUUCACCAGGAUACCCGAAGCGGAGACUGCUACAGAAGCACUCAAGCGAGUCCAGGGAUACCUGGUCCAUUUUCCGCUGGACUUCCUGGCCAAAGAGGACUUGGCACCCUCAGCGGUGGUUGGUCUGCUUGGUCCAGUCUUUACGUGA